UUCAACGAUUCGGUCACACCCUAACGAACUAGCAUUCAACUUUAGUAGACAUCUGUUUAAAAAUUAACUAGAAAAAUGAGCAACGAAGCGGCGAAAGCGCAAAUCUCCCAGGAGAAAAUUGUGGCCCGGUUCCAACAGCUGCGGAACGAACAAAGAAAUUUGGCCAACAGCCUAAAUACGUUGGAAAUGGAUCUGCGUGAACACAAAACUGUGAUAGAAACCCUUAAUUCGGCGGAUCCGGAACGUAAGUGUUUCCGUCUCAUUGGCGGAGUGCUGUGCGAACGCACCGUCAAAGAUGUACUGCCCCAGUUGGUGGAGAACAAGGAUUUCAUGGCGAAAACAAUUACAAUGGUCACCGAAGAACUGAGCAAAAAAGGCUCCGAAAUCAAUAAAUUUAAGGAAGAGCACAACAUUAAGAUACGUGGCGAACAAAUUGGAACCGACGGCUCCAAGGCAUCCGAGGCGGAAAGCGCCACCAAAGCGGAAAACCGUAAUGUGCUUGUGUCCAACUAACAUCUCUAAGAACAUAAAGAAGAGCAUAAGCCAAAAUGAAGAGAAGAACGAGGCGUAUUUAUUGUGGUUCACGAAUGCAUUGAUUGAUUCUAAUGUUAUAUGUAAUUUUAGCUAUUAAGGCGCAGUUCGACACCAACAUCAUCAACACCUACUCACACACACUAAUUAAUGCCUUGAUUCCAACUAAAAUGCAAAGAGACGAGACACCAAAUUCAUACAGCGAGAGAUAUAGUCACGGGUUCCGCAUUUGCUUUAUUGUUCUUCGAUAUAGUCACGCGAUUUGCAUAUUCUGAAUUUUUCCUCGAGUAGUGCUUUAUAUAUGCGCGAGUCAUUUUGAAAUGAUUGAAUUGUGCACUUGUCAGUAAAACUUAAAUUUAGUUUUCUGCGCAAUUUAUUCUUGUAUACAAUUUAUCUGUAUAUGUCAAAACAAAAGAGAUGAGAUACUAAAUGCAUUUGUAAUGUACAUAAAGCAAUAUAAAUUAUCAAUAUCUACUCCGAGUAGCAUAAUAUUUGAAGAAACUAUAUUAGCUUUUCAAUAAUAUGUACGAUUCUGCAUAGAGUAAAAUGUUGAAUGUAAUUUUAGUUCAUGUA